UUUUGUCACUCCCCAAAACUCAAACCGAACAAAAAAGCAAACAGAAAAGUUCAUUUCUUUAUACGUUACAAUCCGUUUAGUUUUGAGAACACUGACACAAUAGGCAUAGAAACCAUGAAGAUGAAGUCAUCGUCUUCUUCACUCUCAUUCGGCUUAAAGACUCAUUCUUUCGGCUGUAUCUCUCUGUUUCUUCAGAAACUUCUCUGUUCUGGUGCCAUUUCUACAUACCCGUCUGAUCAAAUCACUGAACCGUGUUUCGGGCCUCCUGAUUUUACGUCUGAACCAGCUAGAGUCAGAGGAGGUGAGCCAGGAGCUGUGGCGAGGCUCAUGGGUUUGGAGUCGCUUCCCGUAACUGACAAAACCAGAGUCGUCUCAAGGAGCCGUUGGGUGAAUUCUGGUGAGAAUGUGAAGAGGGAUGACGAUGAGAUUCAAGGAAAGCAUAGAAGAGUAAAGUCCACUCUGGAGUAUGUUGAGCUCGAAGACGACAACUUCUUCAUUCUCAGCUUCGAGAAGGCUAGAAAUGAUAAGGCUUUUGGAGAGCUGAAGCAGCUGGGAACAAGAAAAUACAAGAAGAGACGAGAAAGUAGAGAGCAUCAAACACAUAUAGAGGAUAAGGAGAACGACAUCAACGCCAUGAACGUUUCACCAGGACGCGAGAGACCUGAGACUGGAGAACUGAAGCAGCGUAUAAAGGAGAAACGUAAGAACAUGAGAAAAAGAAGAGAAAUUCAGUUGAGACAGAACAUCAAGAACUACGGUCAUUGGUCCAGAGAUGAAGAUUUAGUAAACUGUGAAGUGAAAUCAAUUAUGGAGGAAGAAGAGUGUAGAAGCUGCGAUGAUUCGAGCCCUGUUUCGGUUCUUGAUUAUGAUCGAGUAACUCCGGAACCAGAGAACACUUCCAGAAGACGGUUAUCUUCUCAACUCGAAUCUAGUAAGAGCAAUGAACCAGUUCAAGAAGAUCACACAUCAAGAGAGUCUGAAACCAGAGUCCAUGGCUACCAAGAGAUGUGGCACAUGAUUUGCAGACUCACUGUAACUGAGCUUGAAGAGUCAAACUCGGUUUACAGAAAAGCUUCAAAGCUUGGAGAUUUGGAAGGACGCAUAAGCGAAGACAUAGCCCAAAACAUCUUAGAUCAACUCUUAGAAGAAACAAUUACAACACUUUCUCUAACUUCACAAGUGUAAAUAUAUUUUCCGUCUUCCAAUAACAACAUUACUACUUCUACUUAAAACACAUUUUCAACUCUUUGGAGUCCUUUGCUUAGUUCAUGUUUAGUUUCAUCAAACACAGCUCUCAGUAAACAUAAUUAUAAAAGGAAAUUGAUUAAAUAUGAAAAGAAUCAAGGAAGUGAGGUGAGUUAAGGUUUCUUUUUGGUUUUAGAAACCUUAAUCACCUCUGUUUUUUUAUAUGGAGACAAGAGAGAGAGACAAACAAACUCUCUUUUGCCCCCAAAGAAACUUUUUUAUUCUUAUUCUAGAGAAAGAAAGAAACAUUUAAAACAACAAAUGUAAUAAGAUUAGCAACGACCUCAGAAAUUUGUUUAGACGUCUCUUUUUUCUUCUUCUGCUUCUUUGUUAAUGAUGUUUCAAAACUUUUUGAUUCAAGCAACGGUUUGUUCUGUCUCCAUGUAUGAUUGCUCCAUCCAAACCGGAGCCACCCUUGGCUCCUGUGGCUCUUUCACCAGCGGCUCCACCCAC